GUUAUGGUAAAAAUCGUUUGGGACGCAGAAAGAAGAUAGCAGGGAAGAAACGUUCUUACGGAGUUAUUACUGGCUUGGCAGCCAAGAAGGCAAUGGGUUCACGCAAAGGAAUUAGUCCUUUGAACAGACAGCCACUUAGCGAGAAGAACGCACAGCGAAAUUAUCCAGUUUUGAAAAAGAAAACAAACCUACAGAGACAAUCUGAUAUGCAGAGGAAACAAGCUCCAGCCCUCAGGAGGCCUGCCUCGCUAAACAGAAGGAAUAACGUGCCGUCCACUUUUGCCAGAAUUGGAAACAAACUAAAUCAGCAGAAAGACACUCGUCAAGCAACUUUCCUGUUUAGAAGAGGCCUGAAGGUGCAGGCCCAAGUGCAGUCAACAGAUGAUCUUGAUAAUCAGACAGUAAAGAGAACUCGUCAAUGGCGAACUUCUACCACAAGUGGAGGGAUUCUGACUGUGUCUAUUGACAACCCAGGAGCAAUCAUAACCCCAAUUUCCCAGAAAUUACGAUUAACUCGUACUCCUGUGCCACCAUUUCUGAUGAAGAGGGACCAAUCUGAAGAGAAGAAGAUUCCCAAAGGGGUUCCAUUGCAGUUUGAUAUUAAUAGUGUUGGAAAACAGACAGGGAUGACGUUGAAUGAACGUUUUGGGAUCCUGAAGGAACAAAGAACAGCGCUGUCUCAGAACAAAGGAAGCCGUUUUGUAACAGUGGGCUAACCUGACAGAUGAACUUGAGGACUGAUCCCACCUAACUAAGAAACUGAGAUAAAAGUUGGCAGAAGAAUACAGUGUAUGUCACUGAAAUUCUCCAGACUUCUUGCUAAGAUGGUGGCAGAGCAAUCUAUCUAUAUUACUUUUCCUUUGAAUGGUAAAAGACACAUGCCCUGAGGGGGAAAAAAGUGGGGAAACUGAUCCGCUGGAGUGGCACCAUCACCUGGUUGGAAAAGAUUCUGUUGCCCAGCUGAUGACCAACACUGACUUUGGUUCAUCUUGCAACCAAAACACAAACACGAAUUUUAAAAGUGGUUUUUGUUUUGUUUUGUUUAGGAGUAUUCAGUAUCUGUUCUUUGACCCCUCUGUUAUGGUAAAGAUUGUGUGUUUCAUUACAAACACCAUUUUAGGG